AUGGCGGACGAUCAUGACCCUCAUUGUGUAGAGGAGAUUGACGAUGGUGAGUAUGAGGAUGAUGACGAGGACGAGGAAGAUGAUGAGCCUUAUGAUGUGAAUAAGGAGGAUGACUUGGGUGAGCCAGAGGAUGAUGCUCAAGAUGAGUUCGAGCGUAGGCUUGAAGAAUUUGAAAUUUUAGCUGAACGUGCAUCGCCUAUUGAAAAUACAGCACGUGAGAUUGAACUUCGAGAGAAAAAUAAAAAGAAUGCAGAAAUGAAGGAAUACGUCCAUCGUAUGGGGCCUAAGACAUUUGGUGAAAAGAGACCUGAGUGGGUCUAUAUGGGUUUAUACCCUAAAUCGCUUCUAGUGGCAUCGAAUAAACCCUCUAGUUCCACGAUCCCUACUUUGCUUGAGCACACUCAAGAGCUGGUGGAGGGAAAAUUUGAACCAAGUGUGGAGAAUGACCCUUUCACCAUGGCUUUGGGAAGGCCAUACCAUCCAGGACGAGUAGUAGGUUCGGGAGGGUCAUUGCUUGGAUGGCAAAAGGUUCCUAAUCCUACACAUGUGGACUCGAGGGAGCUUGAUAAUCCAACACCGUAUGAAUAUCCAGAGUUACAGGUGAUUUGUAACCUUCUACCUUAA